GUUCAGUUCGAAAUCCCACAGGCCAAGGUUGGCCUGGUAGUCGGAAAAGGUGGCGCAGUUCUUAGCGCCAUCAAGUCGUACUCCAAAGCGGAGUGCUUCAUUGAACAAAGGACACCAGAUCAGGAGCUCAGACUGCUUUUUGCUGUUGACACUUCACUUCCAGGGCUGAACUUGUGA